CCAACGUAACAUUGUCACUUGAAUUCAAAGGCAAUCAUGGUAAGAAUGCCAGCAAGAACCAAACAGCAAAAAUGAUUGAAGUUCUCUGCAAUGAUCGACUUGGCAAGAAAGUGCGUGUGAAAUGCAUGCCUGACGAUACGAUAGGUGACUUUAAAAAGCUUGUUGCUGCUCAAACUGGUACAGACCCAAGGAGAAUUGUGUUGAGAAAAUGGCACAGCACUUACAAGGACAACAUCACUUUAGCCGACUAUGAAAUUCAUGAUGGAAUGAGCUUGGAGCUAUAUUAUUCUUAAAGAAGUUACCUUGUUGCUGCUGCAUGGGUAGAAUUUGUGAGUUAUUUACAUUAAGUUCCUUAGCUAUAUAGAAAUUCAUUUGUUUUGAAUCCCAGGAUUUUCGUUUAUGGUUUGUUGUUCAAGUCGUUUCACAGGUCGUUGUUUGAAUAGUGAAUUUGGUACAAAUAGGUCUAUCACUGAGUAAACUGGUUGUUGAAAAAUCAUCAUGAACUCAUCGUGUCUGGCCCAAGAAUGCCUUUGUUUCUUUUUCUUCUGGGUUGAAUGCCAAAUCUCAGAGUUUGGCAUGCGAUUUUCCAUAUGGUAUGUACAAAUAAAAGGAUUCUAUAAUUGCAAAUGAUAGUGUUUUUUUGUUUUCCAUUGUUCCUUGAUGGUCAUUGAAUCUUAUAGUCAAAUAUUGAUUUUUAAAAUAUGCUAUGACUUGUAAAAAUACCCAAGAUUUUUGCCUAGUAUAACAACAUUAUUUCGAUUUCUAAAUAAAUUACAAUAAACCUAAAAAAUAUAUAACCAGAGAAGCUCCCUGACAUUGAUUUGCAUCGUUAUUCUUUUUAUUUUGUAAU